AAAACGAACGGAAGCAGCGUCAGCUUGACUGGGCUGAGUGUGUGUUGACACGCUGCCAGCAUAAACAACCAUUAAAAGCAGAGUCGCUGCUGUGUGUCCGCAGACUGAACAUGGAGAAGGAAGAGAAAGAGUCGCCCAAACGUUCGGAGCAGAGGAAGCUGCGUUCUCGUGAUGCGGCCAGAUGUCGGCGGAGCCAGGAGACGGAGGUGUUUUAUGAGCUCGCUCGCACUCUGCCGCUCCCCCGCCGAGUGUCCACCCACCUGGACAAAUCUGCCAUCAUGAGAGUCUCCCUCAGCUUCCUGCAGAUGCAGCGCCUCCUCAGACCCGGUGAGAAACAGAAAGAGGAAGAAGAGGAGGAGGAAGAUCCAAUGGAUACUUUCUACCCUGAGGCUCUGGCCGGCUUCGUCAUGGUGAUGACAGAGGAGGGAGACAUGAUCUACCUGACGGAAAACGUCAGCAAACACAUCGGCAUCACACAGUUGGAGCUGCUGGGUCACAGUAUUUAUGACUUUGUUCAUCCCUGUGAUCAGGAGGAGCUCAGAGACCUGCUGUCCCCACGUCCAGGUCUGAGUAAGAAACUGCAGACAGAGCAGCCGAGCGAGAGGAACUUCUUCCUGCGAAUGAAGAGCACUCUGACCAGCAGGGGGCGCACUGUCAACAUCAAGUCUGCUGCCUGGAAGGUUCUCCACUGUACUGGUCACAUGCGUCCGUUUGGCGGCAGCUCUUCGUCGCCUCCUGCUGCCAGAGUGACGACUCUGCUGUGCGAGCCCAUCCCUCACCCGUCCAGCGUGGAGUUCCCUCUGGACAGCUUCACCUUCCUCACCCGCCACAGCAUGGACCUGCGCUUCACACACUGCAAGGGCAGGGUGACAGAGUUGGUUGGAUACAAACCUGAGGAUCUGAUUGGCCGCUCGGCCUACGAGUUUCAUCACGCGCUCGACUCUGAUCACGUCAACAAGAGCCUGCACACACUGCUGUCCAAAGGUCAGGUGAACACCAGACACUACCGCUUCCUGACGAACAGCGGCGGCUUCGUCUGGGCCGAGACGCAGGCGACCAUCCUGUACAGCAGCAAGACGUCGCAGCCCGAGGCCGUCGUCUGCCUCAACUUCAUACUCAGUGCUGUGGAGCAGCCGGACGUAGUUUUCUCCGUGGAGCAGAUCCGCAGUGGUCAGGCUGAACUCUGCUCACCAGAGAAGUCUGAGGUUUGUGAUCCUGAACGUGAGAGUCUCUCCAGCUCCAGUCAGACUGAGGACGCAGCUUCAAAUCGCAGCAGCGCUGACGUGCCACUGAAAGACUUCGUUGAGCUCUCGUUCCUCAGUGAGUCAGCAGAGAAGAACCCUCAGGACUUCUGCACUCCGCAGCUGCGACAGCUCCUCACACCCAUCUUCGACCCCAUCACUCCACCUCCAUCAUCAUCUUCAUCUUCAUCAUCACCAGCCUCCUCAGCUGAUCUUGAGCCGAGCUCCUGUGAGGACGAGGUGGUGAUGGACACGAGCGAGGUGGAGAAGUUCUUUGCUGUCUGGACAGAAGACAGUCAGAAGAAGGGACGGGAGGAAACCGAGUCGAUGGAUCUGGAGUUGUUGGCUCCUUACAUCUCGAUGGACGAUGACUUCCAGCUGACAUUCCUCAGCAGUUUGCCGGAGGAAGGCGAGAAAUGGUCGUCCCCUCUGUCUGAACCCUCGUCUGCGACCCCGGCUGUCAAAGAGAGGAGAAAACGGACUCAUCACCCAGAUGAUGAGCUGUCGUCCGAGCUGAUGGUUCAGGACAAGAGACAGAAACAAGAAGCUUCCUCGAUAGAAGAGGAACUUCUCCUCAGCCACAGAUUACUGGGCUGCCUGGACGAAACCGACCAAUCAGAUUUGUUCCUUGGUCCUGGACCUGCAGGGCCGAGCAGACUGCUCACAGACAAAGACCCUCUUUUAGGAGGCGUUCAGGGACUCUGUGACACUGCAGCGCUGAUGAGGGACAUUUUCACUCACCGCCCACCGGAACUGUCGCCGCCUCUCUCGCCUAUGACCUGAACGGAGCCCUCACAGGAAGAAAGAAGAAAAGGAAAGACAAUGCAUCACACCACAAGCAUGUAUGCACACGAAUAUAAACUCACUAAUGCUGCGUAACCGUGACGUGAGGUCGGACGUGACCUCGCCGCCUGUAGCUGAACCAGGACGCUCCCUCAUGUCAGGAUGUUGUGUGACAUGUUGGAUCGAGGAGCUGUUCGUUCUCCUCGUCACCCGUUUUCCUUCUACAUUUUACAUUUCAGCAUUAAUUCAUGUGAGAAACAAUCAGUCUGUUUCUCAAGCUGUGAAAGAUACAAAUCCUACAUCAGUGAGACAAAUCUGGAAACGUAUUUCUCUGAGCAGCUUUCAUCAACUUUUAAUCCGUUUCUAGUGAAAUAUCAGUGGCAUCAUCUGAUUCAGUGACAUAUCUUUAAUUCUUUUUAUACGCUUCUGUCAGACCUUUUUAAAAUGAUCUGAAAGACGUUUUCUGAAAUGUUGUAACUGUGUUGAACUGUUCCUGUGGUGCCUGGUGGGUUUCUGAUUAACUUGCUGAAUUCAUUAGACGAUGAGACAAACAGUAGAGUUGACUUGUGUACUUAUCAGAAAUGUAAUUAAAUGCUAGUGUUCAUUACAUUUAUGAGUGUAAGAAUGUGCCUCAGCUCGUGAGUAGAAGUUGACUUGUAUUAUUCAGUCGCCAUGUUUGAAAUGUUGUGAUGCUACUAAACUGAGAUGUGGAGGAUCGUUUCAUUUCUACAUUUAAACCAUAAAACUGACUGAAUUUAUUGUUUAUUUCAAGCAUGUUUACUCUUCUAAAGUUCUCUGCAGGGCUGCGACUAAUGAUUAUUUUCACUGUCGAUUAUUUUCUCGAUCGGUUUAUUAGUUGUUUGGUCUGGAAAAUAAAAUAAAAUCAAAUAAAAAUCAGUGUUUUUCCCAAAUGUCUUGUUAGUAAAAACUGUAUGUCAGGAGAAAAGAAACCAGAAAUAUUCACACUGAGGAAGUUGGAAUCAAGAAACUUGACCUUUUUAAAAAGGAAAAAGAAAUGAAUCAAUCAUGAACAUGAAUUAAUCGAUCAUCAACAGUUGACAGCUAAUCAAUCGUUGCAGCUCUUGUGCCUUUUCUGUUACCUACAUUCAGAAUCUGCUCUUAGACUCCCAGGUCAUUUUAGAUUAGAGAGAAAAAUGUAAUUUUUAAAUGUUCAUCUUGUUUGUAUUCUUAAAUAAAUAAAAAAAAGUUGAAACAAAA